AUGAACUUCAGCAGGGAAGUGGCCCGACAGACCAGUUGUUACACAUAUGUGAUUGAGGAUGAGGAUUCAGCUCUAGCAAAUUUAAAUGCAUUUGAGUUGACUGGGAAGGGUGACCUGGCUCUCCUCGAGAACCUGGUGAAGAAGAGCCCAGAGGUCCUGAGUGAGAAAGAUGAAUGUGGAGCCAGUCCCCUUCAUCAUGCCGCCGCAGGGGGCCACGUCACACUCAUCCAAUUCAUCACGACUGUCAUAGACUCACAGGAGCUGAACAGCUGUGAUGAGCAUGGCAAUGCGCCCCUACACUGGGCAGUGGAGAGGAACAAGGCUGAGAGCUGCAGGGCUCUCAUGGACCUUGGGGCCGACCCUAACAUCCUCAACACAGCCCUUAUGUCCCCUUUGCACCUGGCUGUCAGCCAUGGACACAACAGCUUGGUGGAGUUGCUUCUGUCCUACAGUGCUACCAACAGUAAUCUACAGGGAGACCUUGGGAACACCCCAGUGAUGCUGGCCUGCUCUAUCAAUAACUGCGACGCUCUCAGCGUACUAUUAAAACAUGGAGCAAGGCUUUGCCAACAGAACAAGCUGGGCCAUUUUCCCAUCCACGCAGCUGCCUUUGCAGGUGCAAAGAAAGCCAUGGAAGUGAUCCUGAAGGCCGGAGAAGAAUUUGGCCAUAUACUUGAAAACCACAUCAACUAUCUGGACAAAUCCAAAAGCAGUCCUCUUCAUCUGGCUGUCCGUGGUGGGAACAUAGACGCCAUCCGUCUCUGCCUCAUCUCUGGGGCCAAAAUUGACCAGCAACAGAAUGACAGGUCUACACCCCUUCAUUUGGCCUGUACCCAGGGGGCUAUUGAGGUCGUCAGAAUGAUGCUCUCAUCAGUUGAUAAAGUGGAAGAUGUCAUCAAUCUGACUGAUGGGGCGUGCCAGACCCCACUACACAGGGCUACAAUAUUUGACCACACAGAGCUGGCGGAGUACCUCAUUUCUUUGGGUGCAGAUUUUAACAGCAUUGACUGCAAAGGAAACACUCCCUUAUUGUUGGCUACGAGCUGUGGCGCAUGGAAAACUGUGGCUCUACUUCUGUCAAAAGGGGCAAAUGUGAAUGUGAAAGACAGAUGUGGCUGUAACUUCCUUCACUUGGCCAUUCUACAACCGAAAGGUCUGAAAAACCUCCCAGAAGAAGUUCUGCAGCACAACAGUGUAAAGGCGUUGGUGAGCUGUGAGGAUAAUGAAGGCUGCACCCCACUCCACUACGCUUGCAGACUGGGGAUCCAUGACUCAGUAAAGAACAUGCUGGGCCUCUCGGGGCAGCUUGGCCUCGAAUGCAAGUCCAAGGACAAGAAGUCUGCCCUGCACUUUGCUGCUCAGUACGGGCGCAUCAAUACAUGCCACCAAUUACUGGACAGCAUCAAAGACUCUCGUCUGCUAAAUGAAGGUGAUGAGCGGGGACAGACUCCACUCCAUCUUGCGUCAGCAGGGGGACACACCAAGGUGGUGCAGCUGCUACUGCGUAAAGGAGCUCUGUUUCACAGUGAUUACAAAGGCUGGACUUGUCUGCACCAUGCGGCUGCUGAAGGAUACACACAAACCAUGGACAUUCUGCUGUCAGCCCAUAUUAAAUUAUUGGAUAAAAUUGACGAGGAUGGGAACACAGCACUCCAUGUAGCUGCAAGACAGGGACAUGUGGCUGCAGUCAAGCUCCUGCUUUCUAGAGGAGCAGAGAUCUUGUUAAAUAAGAACGACACCUCAUUCCUCCACGAAGCCGUGCAAAAUGGGAAAAAGGAUGUUGUCAAUGCUAUUAUUGACAGUGACAGACAUGUUGAUGCUUUGAGACUCUUCAAACCAGGGUCUACCCAGCGAUCCCCUGUACUAGACCUGAUUGAGUUUCUGCCUGAGUCCUUCAAGCACCUGCUGGACAACUGUGUGAGAGAAUCUGACGAUGACCCGAACAGUCCCAACUUCCAUAUUGAAUAUGAUUUCAUGUGGCUCCAACCUCCAGUUGAAGUGAAGAAGAUAAUUGAAAAGAACAUAAAGUUUCAGCCGCUUAUAUCACUCAAUGCAAUGGUGCAAUACCACCGCAUUGAACUCCUCAACCAUCCUGUGUGCAAAAAGUAUCUAGCUAUGAAAUGGAUCGCUUAUGGGAGCAUAGCUCAUGUGCUCAACAUGUUUUUAUACCUGUUAGGCCUGCUGCCCCUCACUCAUUUAAUAGUGACUUUGAGACCUUCAUUGAACUACACUGACACAGGCGAACCCCAAGUUGAGAUGGUGCACAUAUCUUUCUUCGAGCAAAGCCUGUUCAAGUCGGGCUGUAUGGUGAUGGUUUUGGUCAUGAAUGUCUAUUCCAUAGGGAAGGAAAUGCUGCAGAUAACACAGCAGCGCUGGAAUUACUUCAAGGAUUAUUCCAAUGAGUGUGACUGGGCUUCUGCCAUCAUGUCCCUCCUGUUCAUCAUUCCCCUCAUGCUGAAUGUAGAAGGGUCUUUACACUGGCAAGCAGGGGCAGUGGCAGUUCUGAACUCCUGGAUUGGAUUUCUCCUUUAUCUGCAGAGGUUUGAAGGCGUCGGUAUUUAUGUUGUGAUGUUUGGGGAAAUCAUGAAGACACUGGUCCGAAUUAUAAUGGUGUUCCUGUACUUGUUGCUGGCAUUUGGUUUGGCGUUCUAUGCUCUGAUGCUCAACCAGGAAGAGUUUCAAACCGUCCCACUCUCAUUAAUGCAAACUUUUGUCAUGAUGGUUGGUGAGCUGAACUACCAGAACAACUUCCUGGAUGCUUAUUUGAAGAACAAGCUUCCCUUUGGCCUCCUGACAUACACCAUUUUUAUGAGCUUUGUUCUCUUCAUGCCAAUACUCCUGGUGAACCUGAUGAUUGGUUUAGCAGUCGGGGACAUCGCUGAGGUACAGAGAAACGCUGCCCUAAAACGAAUAGCCAUGCAGAUUGACCUCCACACGGCUCUGGAAGAUAAACUGCCCUACUGGUUUAUGAAACGAGUCGACAAACCCUCGGUCAUCAUCUACCCCAAUCGCAAGUGCUCCAGGCACGUUUUAAAGCAGUUUUUCUUGGGUGAAGAUGAGAACAGUGUUGUCUGGAGUCGUCUGCAGGUCAAAUCCCAGCACUGCACUAAGAUAGAGGAUGAGCUGAAAAAACAGAAGUACAGGAUGAAGGAGAUGUCAAACACCCUGGAGAAGCAGCACAACCUCUUGAAGCUCAUUAUUCAGAAGAUGGAGAUCACCACAGAAGCUGAUGAAUACGACGGACCUGUUAACCUCCGAGGCAGGCUGUGGCCGAGCCUGAGCUACGUGAAACCAAGAACCACUGUGUCUAAGUGGGUUCCACUGAUGAAGGCCAUAGAAUCCAACAAAAAAUGAAAAAAAAAAACAAACAAACAAAAAAAACAUAACAAAAAACAUAUAUAAUCGUGCAAUGCCUAUUCAUAUGAACAUCAUUACAGCCUACAUAUAGACUUAUAGUAGCUAACAGUGUGACUAUAUUAACAGGAAACAACAUAAUUAUAUUAGGGUUUGUGGAAGAGAAAAAAGUAAUCAAUAUUUACAUA